AGUAUACAGGCCAUCGAAGUCCAAUUUGCACGAUCGCCAUUCGCCGAUCUGUCGCGCUACAUCAGUGCUUAAUUAACCGUCGUCUACGGAGACCGCAACAUCUUGAUCUUAUCAGUAUCUUCUGCACAUUAUUUUCUGAUAUCUCGACUGCCGCUUAUCGAUCUCUGCAAAAACAUCUCUUUCCCUGUUUUCGAGAUCUCUUAUCAGUUUUCCCGCGCAAAUCCCCGGAAAAUUCCACAGAGAACAGAACAUCAGGUUUUCUCACGUUCCUUGUAGUACGUAUCUUGUAGCACUACCAAGGAAAACGAAGAAAAAAGAAGCGGUGAACGGUCCGCACGCGUGAUAAGAAAUAAAAAGCUACUGUGAAAUCGCCGGACGUUACAUUGAACGCUCGUCAACGCAAACACGUGGCUGCGCAUUGUUCUGCGCAAAAUACCACCACUUCGCGUCGUGUUUUGGAAGCAGCAAGACCGUCGGAAUCUCUGAGCGUUUACUGGUACAGGGACAACAGGAUAUCAAGCGAGUUUGCCGAGCAUCGUCAUACGGAGGAAACACAGGACGAACUGUAGCGAAACAUCUGUGGAGAUAGAUCUGAAAUCCGGCGACGAUUUAGCCCUUUACUGAUCCGUCGGAGGUUUGCGGCAGCGACAUUUGUUUGUUAGUGCAUGGGCACAACCGCACGCGGGUGCCCUAAAAGGAACGGUGGCUUGGCGCCGGUAAUCCUACGAGACUGGCAUCAUUAAAAUUGAUCCGUGAAAACGAUCCGUCGUCUCGAUGGUGGAGCGUGCUAAUGUUAUAUAAUAGCAUGCAGUUCGCAUAUCGGUACACGUGGAACCGAGAGAUCAUCGUCAACUCUCAGAAGCUCGUGAAAAGACGUUGAAUAUUGAUCGAUUUGUUGCGAUUACACGUGGGAGGAUCGCACGUUCUUCUACGUCUUCGUACGAGUUGCGGCACGCUACGUUGGCGCUACUGAAAGAACGAUCUUAUUGGAAUCACCGGCCCUUCCCAACCAGCUACACCAGAUACACACUCCCACCUGAUCUCUCUCCUCCCGUCCCUUUAACAAGGAAAACACCACGCGCAAUUAUCAUGGCUGCCUUAUGUUACAGCGAACCCUUCUCAGAUUGGCUGGAGGAAAAGAUAGAGCUGCCUAUAUUUGAACAAAUAUCUCUUCCCGAAAACAAAUCACCGCUGCCGGUUUACUCCACCGUCAUUUAUCCACUGACGGUGACGAAGACAUUGCAGCAGCAACAGCAACAACAUGAUAACACACAAACCCUCUUGCAGGAAUUUGAAACGGUUUUGGGUGACGUCGAGGCUUGCCAUCAGAUCAUUCCACCAACCAGUUCGACGCUUACUCCUCCGCAAUCACCCUCGCAUAAAUCGGUCAAUGUGGACACGCAGCUGCUGGUCACCUUGCAGCCUAUGGAAUCGUUCGCCAACGAUCAACCGAUAUAUAACAUAGCUCCAACAGAACAACCGCUGUAUGUGGGCAAUAUACCGCGUCAGUGGAACACCGACAACGUAGACUCGCUAAAUCCGCUUGGCGGGGAUGUUGCGAACGAGUUAGCGGUGGUGGAUGAAUACGUUCGCUCACACACCAAGGAUAUACCGUCUCCCGUAAGUCCGUGCAGCUCCAAUAGCAGUUCGGCCGACGAUUCCAUUGACGACCCCGAUUGGAGUCUCGAAACCGAGAAAAGAACAAGCCUGAAACAAACAGUUCAUGAUUCUUCGAAGCAUCGCCAUAAGCCGUAUUCUCGAUCGUCUCUUGAGGACAAGAAGGUACGGAAAAAAGAACAGAAUAAGAACGCUGCCACACGUUAUAGACAGAAAAAGAAACAAGAGAUCAUAGAGAUACAGGGCGAAGAGCGCGAACUGGCGGAGCACAAUGAGAAGUUAAAAGAAAAGAUGAAAAACUUGCAGCAGGAGAUAAAAUAUCUGAAGGGAUUUAUGAGGGAUGUAUUCAAAGCUAAGGGUAUUCUUAAAUAAUCUAUUUGUUUAGGAACCUUUACCGCCGUACAACAUAAUCUUGUAUUAGUUUUAUUUAGAUAUAGGGGAGACCGCAGCAACAAAAGUUUAAACUCCUAAAAGUACUUUUAAAUAUAAGAUUUUUUCUAAUUUUUUUUAUAUAAAUAAAUUAAUUAUAUCUAAAAAUGCAUGCAACAAUCGUAUAAUACCAGUUAUAUUAAUUUAAACACUGAAUUACUCUAAGUCUAAGUCAAUGAUCCAUGAUACUCCGUAAUUCAUGCUGCUUUGGUCUUCCUUAUAUUUGUUAAUUUUAUUUUUAGGUAAUUAUCUUCAUUUUUCUGCCACUAACUGUAUUUUACAAUUGUACUAAUAUUUAUGGUAACUCACUAUUGUUUCAUGUUAUCAAUUUGUACGCGUGGUUUUCUUAACAAGUAUUCGUUAAUGUAUUUUAUAUACAGGAUGUCCCAAAAAGGUCGGGACACCUAAAUAUCUCGGGAAA